AUGACUUAUAAUUGCCUUUUUUCUCACGCGGUUGUCCACGGAAUUGUUCUUGUGGUUGUGAGACGCCAAAAUGGUGGCCCAGAGAAGGUGAAGAAACCGAAAUUCAUCACCAAGACCAUUGGAGGAGAGAAAAAUGGUGAAACCAGAAAAGUUAGAGUUUGCCGACUGCCCCGUCACCUCCCUACUCAGGUGGCAAGACGCAAGUUGAUGAAUAACAAGAAGCCCUUCAGCCAGCACAAGCGCAAUUUGCGCCCUUCCAUUCGGCCCGGAACAGUUCUCAUCCUCCUUGCAGGAAGACAUCGAGGAAAGAGAGUUGUGUUCCUGAAGCAGCUCGGCACUGGCCUUCUGCUUGUGACUGGUCCAUUUGUGUUGAACGGCUGUCCCCUCAGACGAGUAAACCAAAUCUACACAAUUGCCACCAGCACCCGGCUGAAGAUAAAAAAGGUUAAGGUCCCUUCCAGAAUAAAUGAUGAUUAUUUCAGGAGAAAGUCUCUGAAAAACCUCAAGCACAGAGAGGGAGAACUCUUUGACACUGCUAAAGAGGAAUAUACUUUGUCCAAUGAGCGCAAAGAAGACCAGGUGACUGUUGAUAAACAGAUCCUUAAAGUGAUCAAGGCUUCAAAGGACAAAAAAGGUUUGAAGGGUUAUUUGGAAACUAUGUUCUCCCUUAAGAACAAGAUGUACCCACACAAAAUGAUUUUCUAA